GCAAGUAUAAACCCGCCCACUACCACAACCACCGCACCACCAUCGCAAUUAAAUAAUCCUAUUCGAAUCGGCCGUUUGGAGAAAACUUUCAAGUGCUCAUGAGUUAUUGUUUCGUUAGUAACAGGAGAACUUCAUUCGGAUGGAUAGCAUGUGUGCGGCAAUAUGUUUUUUUAGGUUUACCUCAUAAUACAAUGAUAUGAUGUUAGAAGUAAAAAAUAGUUGUACCAUCAACUCGGUUGAUACAAUGUAAAAAAGAAACUUUAAUUUGUCCGCACAUCAUUAUCGAGCCCGAUUGCAAACAAAAUGACCGUCAUGACGUUUAUACACAUUAGAUACGCACUAAUGUUGUUCACUUUGUUAUUGAUGUUGUGGUUCGUAAGUUCAGGGGCCGAAAGUUUUUUGCAAGAAAGUCAGCCAUGUACAUUUAAUCCAUUAUGUUCGUGUACCAAGUCUUUCGAUAGCCUGGGCGAAGUACGUUGCGUCGAUUUAUAUUUUCCUAGGAUACCGCUGGCCAUCAACAGGUCUAGGUUGUCUACCCUUCAUUUUCGCAACAACAACUUAGACGAUGUGCAACCUUAUUUCCUAGUCAAUACUGGCCUGUAUAAAAUAUCGGUCCAGGACAAUCCGUUAUCGACUUUACACGAGGAAUCGUUGUGUGGCCUAGAACAUUCGUUAUGGGAAUUGGAAUUAGUUAAUACUCGUCUCAACUCUGUGCCAAGUAGAGCCAUACGCAUUCUACAAAAAUUGAAAAUUCUUAAUUUAUCUGGAAAUCAAAUAUCUGAGAUUAAAAUGGGCGAUUGGAAUGGAUUGGAAAAAUCGUUGCGCGUGUUGAAACUCGCCGAUAACGCUAUCACAUACUUGGGCCACAGGGCUUUUGAUAGUCUAAGGUCGUUAGAAACUGUAGACUUAUCCGGCAAUAUGAUUUCGGAAAUACAUAUCAAUGCAUUCCAAGAUGGCCCAGCCAGAUUGUAUAAGCUCAAUUUGGCCGACAACUUAUUGAAGUUUAUUCCUUACGUGCAUUUAUCCUCACCCUUAAUGAAAUGGUUAAAGUAUUUGGAUAUUAGUUACAACCUAAUAGAAAGCACUAGAGGUCCGUCGAUAACGACGCCGUCUAAAGGAGGCCGUCAUAAGUUAUUUCUCGAUGAACUUCGCUUGGAUUAUAACCAUAUAAAGAUAUUGGAACCAAUGAGUUUUCAGAAUUUUGAAGCGAUCAACAAAACAUAUUUCAACGGAAACCCAAUCACCCACGUGCAGGAUGGAGCGUUUCAAAAUACAAAAAUUCGUGAGCUGUACUUGGUUGACUGUGAAAUUUAUAAUGUCUCUACGGACGCAUUUAGAGGUCUAGAACCAUACCUUCAUACGUUGGACAUAUCCAAUAACAACAUAACUGAGUUUCCCGUUCGGAAAUUACAACAAAACUUCAACGUUUUAAUGAAGUUGGGUCUAGGAGAUAAUAAGAUAAAAAGUUUGUAUCCCGUCUCUAACCAAGUAAUCGAAAAAAUUGCAAAGCCUAAUGAAAAGAAAAAAGCAAAAGACAAAAGUAGAGAUAGAGAAGAUGAAAAAAGAUCACUUCCUCGAGAUCCCAAGGAACACAAUGAGUUUAAUUCCUUACAAGACUUUGAUUUCUCUGGUUGGAAGAACGGGCCUCUUCAUAUUCACAAUAUAAACGGUUUUAAAUAUCUCCGUCGGCUCUCAUUGUCAAGGUUGACUACAUCAGCCUUGACACCAGAAAUGUUCCAGAAUUUCACAAAUGAUAUGGAAGAACUACAGAUAACAGGAUCGGAUUUGAAAUCUAUUAAAUCACACGCUUUUAAACAUGUCAACGGUUUAAAAUAUUUAGAUUUGUCGGAUAAUUCGAUCAAUCUUUUGGAAUCCGAAGCGUUUAAAGAGAUUGGACAUUCCCUGCAAUACCUUAAACUAGCACAUGCCUUCUCGUCUUCGUUCAAAUCAGUACCAGGGGAUGCAUUUCGUUAUUUAUCCGACCUAAAGUAUAUGGACUUGAGCAAUAACCACUUGCAGCAUCUUCGAGAAGCCGCGUUUCAUUUUCAAACCAAUUUGAGAACUUUAAAGUUACAAGAUUGUAUGAUCGACGCUUUGCCUAGUGGCACUUUUCAAAGCGAAUAUCAUGAUGAUUUAGAAGAGCUUUACUUGUCAUCAAAUGCAUUGAAAAAAAUCGACGAGCGUACUUUCGAUAGCUUGAAGUCAUUGAGUAAAAUUCAUUUGGAUGAAAACCGAAUUAUUCGUAUAGAAAAACACGCUUUUACGAAUUUAGAAAGUUUGAGGUGGCUUAUAUUAAGAGGAAACAAAAUAGACAAAGUAGACAACGAAGCAUUCCAGAACUUGCCAUAUUUGCAAGAGCUUGAUUUGGCUUAUAACAAUAUUAAAAAUAUGGAUUUUACAUUUUUGGAUCAAGUUGGAAUGCUAUCGAACGAUUUUCAUAUGAAUGUCAGUCACAACCAAAUGAUUAAAUUAUACUUGAGUUCAAACUAUUCGAAUAAGGAUCUAUUUAUUCAAUCAAAUAUUCGAGUGUUGGAUAUUUCAUACAACAGCAUCAAAGAAAUAGAAGAUAAAUAUUUCACUCCAAUGGAAUCCAGCUUGAGUUACUUACAUUUGUCACACAAUAAUUUAUGGCAAGUGACCAGAAACGUAUUUGGAAACUUAAACCAUCUAAUAUGGUUAGACCUUGGGUACAAUCGUAUCAGCGAAGUGGGAUUUGACGCGCUUAAAAGCUCGAGAAAACUACAAGUAGUUAUGAUGAACCACAACCGCUUGGUCGACAUGCCCAAUGAUUUAUUCAAAGGAUUCGCCGAGUUGAGAAUUGCUGACUUUUCUUACAACAAAAUCCGAGUACUGCCCGAUAUGUUUUUCUCGGAAGACAGCUUGGAAGUGUUGAAUUUAGCUCACAACGAACUUUCUCGCAUGCCUGUGUUGGCAUUUGCUAUACAUUCGGCAGGAUUAGUUUGCGACAUGGAUUUGUCGCAUAACAUGAUAACAGCACUGCCGGUUUUCGAAAUGUUUUCACGGUUCAAAUCACUGAAAAAGUUGAAUUUAGCUGGAAACCGUUUGGUUCGUUUGGAAGAUUCUAAUUUUGCAGCUUUACCACAUUUGGCCUAUUUAGAUUUGAGUAACAACAACGAUUUAAUUUUCGAAAACAGAGGUCGAACGUUCUUGGGCUUAGAUCAAUCGCUGAAACACCUCAGACUGAGAAAUAUAUCUUUACUAACCGUACCAGAACUUCCGUUGCCAUCACUCUUACAUUUAGAUUUAUCUAAUAAUCAGAUAACAUCAGCAUCGUCGGACAGAGCUUCGAAUUUAACAUCACUGCAGCAUUUGGAUCUAAGCCAUAACGAGAUGAUUGGAUUUCCGGCUAUCAUCAUGAAUUUACUAGAACUUAACAGCCUCUAUUUAGCCAAUAACCAUAUCUACGACCUCAACAAUAACAGUUUAACGAUGGGAGUUCAAAAGCUAAUCACACUAGAUCUAAGCUAUUUGCCAUUGGUAUCAUUUGAAACCGGUGCUUUAAAUAAGAUGGUAUCGCUAAAAACGUUGGUGAUUAGCACUUUUGUGGGUGUUAAGGAUUUUAACGUAGCAUCCGUUAUUGCCGACGUACACACUCUAAAAAACUUGCAUCUCCAGGUUGAUAAAAUGUCGCGUAUCGGUAAGGAAUUCAACGGACUACUUCCAUAUAAGUUAAGAAACAUUACAAUCAGCGGAAAAGCCUUACAUGGCUUUUUAACAAAUAAUUUAUUUCAAGGAAUGCGGUACCCAAGUUUGAGUUUAACAAUUUUUAACACCAGUUUGGACACAAUAUCUGCCGAUUUAUUCCAUCAUAUGGGAGCCGUCAGAAAUAUCAGUCUCGAUGUUCGCAACAACUCGUUGAAGUCAUUUGGAAACCCAUCGACUAACGCUUUGCCAAACCAACAUAGUCAAACGUUUUUGACUUCAUUGAAAGUAUCCGGUAACCCUUGGGUCUGCGAUUGUAAUAUUGGAUGGAUGGAAGUGUGGCAUCGGAAAAAGAGACAGUUCUUGUGUAAUGAGGAACCUACGUCACUGGCAUUAUCAAACAGAUUUAGAGAAGCGGAUCAUCGUUUUAUUUAUAAAUCUUCAUGCUUGAUUAGUGACGAAGACUUAGAAACCGCAAGUUGUUCGGACAAAAAGAAAUCGUUGAUGGACGCUUUCAAAACGGAUAUUGAAUGUGGAUGGGGAGCUGCUGGCAGAUGUCAAUCCCACAUAAUAGUCAUCGUAUCUGCUCUAGUGUUGUAUGCAAUGACAUAAAUCCCAGACCAACUUCAUCACACAAUAAUUUAACGUAGGCAAAAUCACAGAUAUAAUUUGUGUCCAAGACUUGCUGGUUGGAUUAUAAAUAAUUUUAAUACUUUCUAAACAAUACAGGAUAAAAAAAACAUUUUUAUUAAAUAUUUUGCCUAACAACUAACAACAAUUACUUAAAUAAACCGUAUAACGAUUGCAUUUUGAAAAGGUAUUUAGCGUUAGUAAUAAUGAACAUAUGAACAAUAAAACACUUAAAAAAUAUUAUAUUUAUAAUAGUUAAAUACUUUGUGAGCCGUUUAAUUUUUCGUGUGUUUAAUGGCGAUAUAACACAUCCAGUACAUCGUGAGCCGGUACGCUCAUUACUUGUAUAUGAAAACCUCAUGUCAUUACGGUAAUGGGCUAACGGCUUCAAGAUGUAUUGAACCGGCUAUAUUUAGUGUUGGUACCUUGUACUGCCUAUUGUAGUUUUCAUUGACUUUUAGAAAUCUUGUAUACAGGUUGAAUGUGUAUGAAAUUUUGAAUUCCGAUUUUCUUUAUAAUUAAUUUGGAGUUGGAGUACCAAACUUUGUUUAAAAUAAGAAGGAAACCGAUUAAAAAAUAAAGGGCAUUUUAAGAAAGGUUUAAAGAUGUUUCGUUCAAUACAAAAAUCGUAAAUUAUUUUUACACAUUUAAUAUUUUAGAUACAAUAAUUACUUGUAGGAGAUGUAAUAUAAUUGAAGAAAUUCACUAAACAAUUUUAGUUUUUUAUUAGGUUUAUUUUUAUUGUCACUGGAGAAUAAAAUAUUAGUAGUAAAAAUAAAGUACACAAAAUAAUAUAUACUUAGAACUUAUUUGAUUAAAUAGUUGGUUAAGUCUAACAUAAGUAUAUUUUAAUAUUCUUAACGCAUUUCUAUGUAUGUAUGCAUUUUUUAUCACUUAAACGCAUUUUGUUUCUUCUCGAGUUUCUUUUAUUUCUAACUCAAAAUAUUCUUUAUUCAUCGCAUUGCGAAUUUUUGGUUUAUAGAUAGGUUUUAAUAUUUUGGUUUAUAUUUUCGUCAAUUAUUAUUAAGAACAAAUUAUUUGAAAUUUUACUUUUAUUUUCAUUUUUUUUUAUUAAUAACUAAACAGGAAGUGUUUUUUCUUGCUAUUUAAAAUUGUUAAAUUAAACAUUUUAAUAUCCAAAUUUAUUUUAACCCCUGUUACUGAAAAUUUGAACCACAAAUGAAUUUUGUUAAUAGCCUAAUGUACAUAAUACUCAAGUGACUACACUUAUAUUAACUUUAAUUAAUUUUUUAAUCAUAUCGAAUUUGGAUUUUUCGGUAAGUAUUAGUCAAGGAAUUAGAUCAGUGUAACACAUUAUUAUUUUACUAAUUAGUUAGAAGUCUACUCGUAUUUUAUCAGAUUGUAAAUUAGACUUUAAAAAUGGGCUUUCUUAUUGUAUAAACAUAAUGUUAAUAACUGGUCUGUUAUUUAUAUUCUAAUAUUAUAACAUCUAAAAAUGAUAUAUAGCUUGACGUGAUGUGUCAUGUGUUUAGUGUUAACCUGAUCACACACACAUAUUACUUACAAUGUU